CCCCCACCCCGCCGGUCAGUCUCUUCCUGCACAAACCUGCGCUCCUCUGAGCCCUAACCACUGGAGACCCAGUGAGUUCCUGAGAGCUGCAGUCACAGAUCCACAGGGAAACCGCGCGAAGGCACUUCCAGAAUGUCCGGACUCAGCAACUUUCUUUUCUUUCUCCUCGAUCGCUCCCUUCUCCCCUACUAGGGCCGCAAAAGAGGCUUUUGUUAUUUGCUUUCUUUUGAAGUUUGCUUCUGGCCUCCGUCUGGUUUAUAAUUUAAAAUUCGGAAGCGCGGGUAGUCCAUUUUCUUUACUGAUUACUUGUGGUCAGUGGUUUCCUCAGCCUUUCCCACCUUUAUCAAAUCAGUCAGACUUCCUGCUUGUGCUCCCUCCCAUAACACAGGUGGAUUGGAACUCUUAACUUUCCAGAUUAUUGAGUCUGCCUAGCCUGCGCCGGCUAACCUCACUCCCUCUGCACUCAUGUUCCCAGCCUGGGCCCUUCCAUUCAGCUGAAUCGGAGCCCUAAAGUCUUCCAGACAAAGAGACUUCAAGUCAUCUUUUCACCGGCGUUGGUUAAGAAACUUACCAGUUCCUGGGAAACGCAAGCGGCUCCAGUUCAAAGCCACACGCACCAACGUGACAUAUAAACCAUUAAAAUAUCAUCCUGACGGCUCAUUUCUGCUUCAUCAUACAUUCUCUAACUGCUUCACGAAAGCUGGAAAAGGAGAAAUGAAGGAUGACCGCCUCGGUGGAACCACGAAAGAGACUCAGAGGGAUUUGCAGUCCCCUUCAGACACCCCGAAGUGAUGUGCAGAAAUGAGGUGAUCCAGGCAACAGGUGGAGCAGGGCUCAAAGUCAGAAAAUGCGAUACAAGAGUUCCUUGAUAAUGAGGAAACGAUUACGGCUUUACACAAACACCCUCAAAGAGUCAAGUAGCAGUUCUGGAUACCAUGGGCCUCAGCUCGCCAACCCCUCGGUCUUCACGGGCCUUCAGGAACAGCCUCACCAGGCCUCCCAUGGCCGUCCUUUGAAUGGAAUCCAGCGUCUGGGACUCCCUGGAGAAGUGUACGAGCAGCCCGAACCCUUCACGUCAGCCCCUGCGGCCCGCAGCGACACUCUGGCGGCAGCCGCGACACUCCACGGCUAUGGCGGUGUGAACCUGACCGUGAACCUAGCCGCACCCCAUGGCCCUGGCGCUUUUUUUCGCUACAUGCGCCAGCCCAUCAAGCAAGAGCUCAUCUGCAAGUGGCUGGCCGGCGACAGCCCGGGGCCCCAGCGCUUCUGCUCUAAAACUUUCAGCACCAUGCAUGAGCUGGUCACGCACAUCACGGUGGAACACGUCGGUGGCCCAGAGCAAGCCAACCACGUUUGCUUCUGGGAAGAGUGUCUGCGACAGGGCAAGCCCUUCAAAGCCAAAUACAAACUUGUAAAUCACAUCCGUGUGCACACGGGCGAGAAGCCCUUUCCCUGUCCUUUCCCGGGGUGUGGGAAGGUCUUUGCUAGAUCAGAAAAUCUCAAAAUACACAAACGAACUCACACAGGCGAGAAGCCUUUCCGGUGUGAGUUCGAGGGCUGUGAGCGACGUUUCGCCAACAGCAGUGACCGCAAGAAGCAUUCACACGUGCACACAAGCGACAAGCCUUAUACGUGCAAGGUGCGGGGCUGUGACAAGUGCUACACGCACCCUAGCUCUCUGCGGAAGCACAUGAAGGUGCACGGUCGCUCGCCGCCACCCGGCUCUUGCUACAACUCGACUAUGCCUAUGUCAUCUGCUCUUGUGUCACCCUCGUCAGACUGCAGCCAGGAGCCCCCGGUAGUCUCCUCAGCAGCGGUGGCGGUGUGUGGCCCUGACAAGAGCGAAUGAUGUCCACCGCGUUGCGCACAAGGUAAUCUUGCUCUGCGCAGCUGAGCGCCCACAUCUCACGCCCGCAACAUCAAAGGGCUCGCGCACAAAGCAGGGUUUCUACGCCACGGUGCAUCUUCAUGGUAAGUUAGGAUUUCUAUGGCAAUGGGCAAGUUGUACUGAAAUCCUGAAAGGGCGAUCCUGGAGCCCAUCCAGGCUUUUUCAUCAAGGACAUAAUAUUUACGUCUAACAGGCCUUUUUUCUUGUGUAUACAAGUAUAUAUUUUUGUUUGACGCAGACUAAAUCAUUUUCAUUUAAUUUCCGGUAAACAAAACCCACGCGAAUGGGCACUUGUUCCCGAUCAUAAUAAAAAUGGAUAAUAAUGCGAGAGAAGAAAAGGGCCGCUUGAAUCGCCGCUCGGCCUCUUUGUUUCCGCUUUCUGCGGUGAUCAGAGGGCGUAUUUGGGCUUGAUGGCGAGUUUCUAAAGCCGAGGAAAUGGUUUGUAAGACGUAAAAGAAAAGGAGAAAGGUCUAAUCAAGCUCGGGUUGUUCAAAGAGUUGGGUUUUGGGGUUGAAAGUGUGAGUUUGACGGUGCAUCAGCAUGCCGCGUUAGGCUCGCCAUGGAAAUGCGCGCGGGGAGCGGCCGCUUCAAAGGCGGCACACUUCACUGCAGACACUCUAUUAAGAUACAUUUGUGCUGACCUUUGCUUUCACGCCAUUUAAUACUGUCACUGCUCUCCAGUAUAUACUUCCUCCCCAGAACCUGCCUCGCAAGUGUUUAGGGGUUCACCCUGCACCCUCUUGUAGGGGGCUUUGGCGGUGAGGACUUCCAAGAAAGGAAGGAGCCAGAGGACUCCAUGCAUCUUGACAGUGUCCCAAAGACAGAGGGACACAGUACACGACUUUAGGACAACCUGAGAAACAGCCAAGGAGCAUCCCCAACUCAACUUUUGGCAGAACACAAUUGGAUGGGGACUUAAGAUGAAGGAAGAAGGUCAAUCUGGGGAUAUCUAGGGAGUUCCCGUUGUGUUCUAGGGACGUUUAUUUCCACUGUGGUCCCCAGUAUUGCUCUACUCCUCCUCCAUCCUGACAAUCUCUUGCAGUCCUCUAAAUUUUUCUACCCAAAGGCCAGUGUGUGGUGUCUGUAGGCCUGGGCUGGCCUUGGCACAAACGCAAAAGCCCAAGGCCAAGGGGAUAUGGAAGGUGGCAAGAAAGUUAGAAGCCCAUGUUCCCUUAAUUGUCUUGUUGUUUAUUUUAUCCAAGUACCCCAGUGAAUAGGGGAAAAAUAAACACCGUGGAAAAAAAAAAUCAAACAGUGGAGUCUUCUUUAGUGCCAGUCCUUGUGGUUGAAUAAAAAGGAUGGUCCGCUUUUGAUUGAGCUGAGAAAUCUUUGAAGUGGGAGUUAUUAUCUGAGACAUUCCUGCUUGUUGUCCUAACAACGCUGAUGAAACAGAAAAGGUUCUUUGUCAGCGAUUUGUUCUCCCUCUCUGUCAAACUCUCUCAGUUCUCUUAGUUUCAAACCGUUUCUAAAGAGAUAAAAAUCAAACUUCUUUAAAAAAAAACUAUCCACACACUCCACCAAUAGGUAACGUUAGGGUAAGUCUUGCUAAUCGAUAAACAAAAGCAUGGUCUAGCCCUCAGGGCUAGGACUUGGUGCAGUGUGUAGAUGUUGGGGGGGGGUACUUUGUACCAGCUCUGGGACAUGAGGACCCUAUAGUACAGAGAGAUUGCAAACAGAAAGUACAUACCCCAAACUGUGAAUCUGCUUCUUUCCAUCAGCACAGGUUGAAUGAUCUGGACAAGCCUCCUUGGGGAAUGGACCCUUGGGCUCCAAAUAAUCUUGCCUGGGAUACUUAGAACCUAAUGCUAUAGCUAAGAAACUUUUUAGGUUGUUUUUCCUUUAAAGAAACUUUACUAUAAAUGGACCUGUUGUGUGUCCUUCCCAGUGACAGGAAUCAGUCUCCCCUUUCUGUCAUUAACCUAAAGGAAAAGAGGCAUUUUAAUGUUUUCCUGUUUCUUCAUAAUCUUGGAGUUCAGAAGAUUUGGUCUAUAAGAUAGUGACCAAAAAUGCAUGCAUAUUCCUAACUCCCACCCCACCCACAUAUAUAGUUCUACAUUUUGUGUUGUGCCCAGAAAAGAAACUUUCAUGCUGUUCAGGUUUUCAAACUCCUGUUGUAGUUUUAAAGGUGGUUUAAAUAAAUAAGGGUGUGCCCAUCACCCAACUCUGUGCACUGACUAAAUGAUUUGUAGAGAACUUACCCCCAACCUAUGUGAUUAUUAGUAGUUGCUACAAAAUGCCUUUUGUAUUGAUUUGAUUUGUUUACUCUAGGUCUCCAUAUGUCUAUUUAUCUCACUAAUUUAUGGGAAAAUGUGAUGAUUAAAUUUAUGUGAAUUAUACACACAGUUGAAUAUUUUGUAAUCAUAACUUACACACAGAAGUCCAAGUCAAACCUUAGUUUAUUUUGUUUUCUAUCUACCUACACUGUUUGUAAUUUAUCAUAUGUCCCUUUAGCAUAAGUUAAAUUAUGAACUAACAUGAAAAAUGUUAUGUAUUUGACUGUGGUUGUUGAAUGAAAAACAAAGUUGAAAGCAGAGACAUGGUCUUGAAAACAUAUGAAUGUACAUGAAAUAAAAUCUCCUGCAAAAGCCUUUAU